AUGAGCGAGCUCAGCCAGGAAGAAAUGAGAAGAAGGCGGUUAGCCCGAUUAGAGGGCUUCAAUAAUAAUAAUGCAACUGCCAGUUCAUCUAAUACUAUUGCUCCAACUUCUCCGAGCACUUCGGAGCUAUCAAAAGCAUUCCCAGGAUCAAUAUCUCCGUCUAUUCAACAACAAUUACAGCGUACUGAGAUACCGAUGGAAGUAGAAGAGAGCAACGAUAAACAAUGUAAUAUUACUGAAAUGGAUAAUUCAGGAAUUGAAAACAUGGAGGUCGAUGAAUCAGAUAGGAAAGAUUCAAUACCACGAUCGCGUACGAUGAGUUCUAGCACAGAAGUUACAACGGAUCACAUACAUGUUGUCAUAUCACGCGUCUUGCGCAUAUCGUGGAAAAGCUCCAUUGAAGGAACUAUAUUCUUACCACAAACAGCAGCGUACACGCUGAAACAGAGACAAAUGGAUUUUAGUGAAAUUAUCAACCAGGCCUUGAUGGAGAUUUUGUGCAUGUUCUCGAAAGGGGAAGAUCUCUUGAACGACAUCACGGUAGAUGUGUCGUCCGAUAGACAGGACAGCCCAAAUAACCAAGCAAGUCCUCUACUAAGUCCUGUCGUGGCUCUUCCGUCUUAUCAAUUACCGACUAUGCCAUUACCCAUAGGCAGCAAAUCGUCACAACCAAAAAGUUUAACUUACUUAUUAAACUGUUAUUCAAGAGUCGCAAUAGAGGAAAGAAAUCACCCAAAGCGAUCCAGCAUACCUCCGCUUUCCGAUGUACUGACGGUUUUGAAAACGCAAUGUGUUCAGUACUCCAGCCUUGUUCUUCAAGGAUUGGUUGGCAUUUGUGAAGCUUCAGUUAUUCCUAUGUGUACCACUUACCUUCUCUAUCCAAUACUGUCGCAAAGUUUGCCUCGAGGCUACCUUCAUGAACUCGUGGCUAAGACACACACAAACUCAAGCACGUUCAAUAAGAUAUUCACCCCAGUCUUACAAGGCCUGUAUCUCUCAAUGCAACAGGCGAGCUUGGUCGGCAAUACACAUAGAAGGCCGAUCGAGGCGCUAGAGGAACUGAUAGAAAUUCGUUGUGGUCCAAGCGGCAACAUACGUCCGAUAUGCCGUCUGAUUACAAAUCAAGUGCAAUUCUUGCCCGACAUUAUGACAUCAGCCGCCGGCAGAGAACUUACGAGGACUUCGUUUUUGGGACCGUUUCUUUCAGUGUCGGUAUUUGCUGAAGAACAACCGAAAGUGGCUGAGAAAUUUUUCAGUGGAAAUCCCGUCACGGACAAAUCGGUGAAUUUAUCUUUGCAGCAAGAGUUGGAAAGUACUAGAACUUCGUUGCACAAGAUGUUUCACGCGAUACUUGCAAACAGCAAUUGCCGCGAUGCUACUUUAACGUACUUAGCCGCGCUAUUGCGCCACAAUGAGAAACGCGCGCAAAUACAAACCGAGGAGUUCUCUCUGGCCGGAGAUGGAUUUAUGUUGAAUCUAUUGUCGGUCUUGCAAAUGCUCUCUGUAAAAAUCAAACUGGACACCGUAGACCCUCUGUAUCCAUUUCAUCCCUCCAGCUUUGUUGAGAUAAAGAACGACACAAAACUGAAACUUACCUCCCAGGAAGUCGCGGAAUGGCAAAAACAUCUGGAGAAGACGCAUAAGUGGACGGAAUCGAAAUUUCCUACUCAGUGUUGGUUCUUGACGUUGCAUUGCCAUCAUAUCGCGCUACUACCGGCAUUGCAAAAGUAUCAAAGAAAAUUGCGAGCGUUACGCGACUUACAAAAGAUGCUCGACGAACUGCAAGCCACGGAACCCCAGUGGAAGGAUAGCCCUUUCGCUGAACAUAACAGAGACUUGAUUAAGCAAUGGAAGCAGCAGUUGAAGCGAUUAAUUAAAUCCAAAUCAUGCGCGGAUGCAGGUCUGAUAGACCCUGUCUUCUUAAGAAGAUGCUUACACUUUUAUAUAUCUGUUGCCGAGGUUUUGUUGAGUCUUCUGACACAGACUGCUCCGGGUAAUCCUCUCCCUAAACUUCCACUUCCUCAGGAAGUCACAUGCAAGUUUACCGCAUUACCGGAAUGGUACGUGGAGGAUAUAGCGGAAUUCUUGUUAUUCACCCUCCAAUUCUGUCCUGGAGUAGUGGCAAGUAAUAUGGAUAAUUCGCUUAUCACGUGGCUACUAGUCGUCGUAUGUACACCACAUUGUAUACGAAAUCCGUAUUUAAUCGCAAAAAUCAUUGAGGUCCUCUUUGUGAUAAAUCCUAGUGUUCAGGGAAGAACGGAGACUCUCCACGAUAAAGUUAUGGCACAUCCUAUAUCCAAGACACUUUUGGCGUCGUAUCUCAUGAAGUUUUAUACCGACGUUGAAACCACUGGCUCUAGUUCCGAGUUUUAUGACAAGUUUUCAAUACGUUAUCACAUAAGUCUAAUCUUGAAAUCAAUGUGGGAUAGUCCGGUACAUCGAGCGUCUAUCGUCAAUGAAAGCAAUAAUGGCAAGCAAUUUGUCAAAUUUAUCAACAUGUUGAUGAACGACACUACCUUUCUACUUGACGAGAGUUUAGAAUCUCUGAAGCGCAUACACGAAGUGCAGGAACUUAUGUCGGACACUAGCGCGUGGAGCGCACUCUCCCAAGAGCAACAACAAUCAAGGACGAGGCAGCUGGCAGCAGACGAGAGACAAGCUAGGUCUUAUCUUACCCUAGCUAAGGAAACAGUUGCCAUGUUCCAUUAUCUAACGGUCGAUAUUAAGGAGCCGUUCCUGCGACCGGAAUUAGUCGGACGAUUGUGUGCCAUGCUAAAUUUCAAUUUGCAACAAUUGUGCGGACCUAAGUGCAAAAAUCUGAGAGUGAGAAAACCACAUAAAUAUGGGUGGCAACCACGGACGUUACUUAGCCAAUUGGUUGAUAUAUAUUUGCAUCUUGACUGUGAUAAUUUCGCGGCCGCUUUAGCCAGUGACGAACGUUCGUUCUGUAAGGAAUUAUUCACGGACGCUGCAAGCAGGCUAGAAAGAUCUGCGAUCAAAACUACCACGGAAAUUGAAAGAUUUAUAGCUCUUGCGGAACGUGCGGCGAUAAUCGCGAGAGAUAAUCGCGCGCGUGACGCAGACUAUGGUGACGCUCCCGAGGAAUUCCGAGAUCCAUUGAUGGAUACUCUGAUGGAAGAUCCAGUUAAACUACCAUCUGGUAUUGUUAUGGACAAAGCAGUCAUCAUAAGACAUUUACUGAAUAGUGCUACGGAUCCUUUCAGUCGGCAACCACUUAGCGAAGACAUGCUCACACCAAUGCUUGACUUAAAAGAAAGGAUAUCUGUAUGGAAGCAACAAAAGAAAAGAUCGACGAAUAUAUAAAUGGUGCUAAUGUGAUAAGGAUUCUGCAAGUAGAAAUAUAGGAGUAAAGAAAAAAAUAUAGCAUUCAACAUAGAGAAAAAAAGAGAGAGGGGGGGAUGGAGAAGGCAGAGAGGGAGGGGGGAGAAAGAUUAACAUACAAUCUAACGUAAUUGUCAAUAUUGCACGAUACAUUCUAUUAGGCAAAUGCAUCGAUCCAGUGCAGUUGAGAAAUAUAGUGCAAUGAUCUCGCUCUAUUGUGCAACAAUUGCGCUCAAUAAAUUUACAGUUUUUUAUACAAUAACUCAGACUGCAGCUAGCAAACUGCCAAUAUAUUGCUCCAAACAUACUUUAGAAAGUUGUACAUAAUUACUGGCUACAUGUCAGUAUCCAAAUUCACAUUAUUCAUGAAUAAGCAACAUUACUUUUUACGUCUUUCGAUGUAUGUGGCAGCGGGUAAGUUUGAAGCAUAUCCCGCAAAAAUAUAAUAAUGUUAAAUAAUAUAAAACUAGUAAUAUAAAUAAUUACUAUAUACUUCCACG